CGCGGGGGGGCCGGAGCGCCGGGCGCCGUCACUCGGGGGCGGCCCCGAGCGGGGCUGGCACCGGGAACGGCUCCGGGAACGGGAUCGGGAUCGGAACGGGAUCGGGAUCGGAACGGGAUCGGGCUGCGAACCAGCCGCCCGAACCCUCGGUGCGGGAGGCGGCGGGGAGCGCUCCGGCUGCCCGGGCAUCCCGGGUAUCCCGGGCAUCCCGGCGCUGCGGAGGCACCACCGGUUGGGAUCAGGAUCAGGAGGAUCAGGACCAGGAUCAGAAUCAGGACCAGGAUCAGGAGCGCGCCCCGGGUGUUCGAGCGGGGCCGCUCCCGGCGCUGGCAGCGCCUGUUGCUGCCCCGCUCCAUCCCUCCGGCUCUCGCACAGACGCGGCUCCGAAAAGUAGAGAGAGUAAAGAUCUGAAGAAAUCCCAGAGGAUGGCUUCUGAUGCCAGUCAUAUGCUGGAAGCAGCUUUGGAGCAAAUGGAUGACAUCAUUGCAGGCACAAAGUCCGCCACAGAGUUUGCUAAUGGCGGUUAUGAUAUUGUGUCACCUGCUCCAUCAGUGUACCUGGGCACAUUUCAAAUCUUGCACCUCCUGGAGGAUCUGAAGAUGGCCCUGGAGAUGCUGGAGGACCCUCAGGAGAAAGAAGCUCUGCGAAACCAAAUCCCAGGGGCCACAGCUCUGUGUCUGAGGGAGUGGUUUGAGGAGAACCUGUCACAGGUGAACCAUCAUUCAUCCAAUAAUGAAACUUAUCAAGAAAGGUUGGCACGAUUAGAAGGUGAUAAAGAGUCGCUUAUCCUGCAGGUGAGUGUUCUCACAGACCAGGUGGAAGCUCAAGGAGAGAAAAUCCGGGACUUAGAAAUCUGUCUUGAGGGCCAUCAGUUGAAGCUGAAUGCUACAGAAGAAAUGCUCCAACAGGAGCUGCUAAGUCGCACAUCGCUGGAGACUCAGAAAUUAGAUCUGAUGGCUGAAGUCUCAGACCUGAAGAUUAAGCUGGUUGGGAUGGAAAAGGAGCAGAGUGAAUAUGAAGAGAAACAGAACAAAGCUGAGUCAGUAGUGAACCUGAUCAGUGACCUACAGGAGCAGAUGUGUAGACUGCAGCUGGAAAUUAAUAGUAGAAUCCAAGAAAGAAAGUCUCAAGAUAGGAAAGCAGACUUGACCCCUAAUGGUCCUCAAUCUGGUGCAAGAUCAGUAGAGCCUCUGGGCCAGAAGAAUUGCUCUCAGUGUGAAGGUUUGUUACAGGAACUCAGACACCUCAAAAUUAAAGUGGAAGAGCUGGAAAAUGAAAGAAAUCAGUAUGAGUGGAAAUUGAAAGCAACUAAAGCUGAGAUAGCCCAGCUCCAGGAGCAGCUGGCUCUCAAGGAUGCAGAGAUAGAACGCUUGCAAAGUCAGCUCUCCAGGACCUCCUCAUACACUGAAGUGGCAGAAAGAGAGGAAGUUUAUAGGAGAAGGCUAAAAGAAAAACACCAAGAAGUUCAGCGGUUGAAGAUAGGAAUGGAGACAUUGUUGGCUGCAAAUGAAGAAAAGGACCGUCGGAUAGAGGAGCUGACACUGCUGCUGAGCCAGUACAGGAGGGUCAAGGACAUAAUGAUUGCAGCUCAUGGCUCUCCUGUCUCUGGUGGCAGCGAAGAGGAACUUGAGGCAACUAUAAGGAAGUGGAAUCUUCUGAAUAACUCACAAGGAGAAUUACUGAAAACAGAGGCCUCUGAAGGAGAAUUGUCACCAGUUGUGCUCCCUCCAGUGCCACACAAAGCCGUGGAAAUCAGUGGAAGCAUUCCAGUACCUCCAAGCAAUUUAAACUCUCAGCAGGAAGAAUCGUUGGAAGUCACAAAUAGGCUUCCACAGAAAAAAAAGUCAAGUAGUUUAGAAGACUUGCAGAGCGAAUCCUUGGAAAAGUAUGUAGAUGGAAAACCAGCACAGCCUGUUGUAGAACAAGAGCAGAGUAAGCCAGUGGGGAAAGGCAGCAAGUACCAAACGCUGCCAGGAAAGCUGCCCCGAGCCCUGCAGAACGGAGAGCAGGGAAUGUACAGCUCCCCAGAGGGAUGUGGCACGAGUGACAACGAUGACAACAGCAUCCCUAGCCUGAAUCGCGGCAGGAGUGUCAGUGCGCCUGUGCUAGGAGAAACAGAGAACAUGGAUGGCACAGUGGUCUCAGACGACCUUUCACCUCUCUCUUCGGGAACGGAUUCGAGUCCACAGUCUCCGUGGUCUCCAGAAAACAGAAAGAGUCCAAAAGGGAUCAAGAAAAUCUGGGGAAAAAUCCGAAGAACUCAGUCAGGUAACUUCCCUGCAGACGACCUGGGGCUGGCAGAGUUUCGCAGGGGAGGGCUCCGGGCUACGGCUGGACCUCGCUUAUCCCGCUCCAAGGACACCAAAGGCCAGAAGAGCGACCACAAUGCCCCGUUUGCUCAGUGGAGCACUGAGAGGGUUUGUAACUGGCUCGAGGACUUUGGCCUGGGCCAGUACGUGAUUUUUGCCCGGCAGUGGGUGACGUCAGGCCACACGCUGUUAACUGCCACACCUCAGGACAUGGAAAAGGAAAUGGGAAUAAAGCAUCCACUUCACAGGAAGAAAUUGGUUUUGGCCAUUAAAGCUAUAAAUGCAAAACAAGAUGAGAAGUCUGCACAACUUGAUCAUAUCUGGGUGACGCGGUGGCUUGAUGACAUUGGCUUACCCCAGUAUAAAGACCAGUUUCAUGAAUCCAGAGUAGAUGGGAGGAUGUUGCAGUACUUAACUGUGAAUGAUCUUCUCUUCCUGAAAGUCACCAGUCAGCUGCAUCACCUGAGUAUUAAAUGUGCCAUUCAUGUGCUGCAUGUCAAUGGCUUCAAUCCCCACUGUCUGCGCAGGAGGCCAGUUGAGGAGAACAGCGUCUCUCCUUCCGACGUGGUGCAGUGGUCCAACCACAGGGUGAUGGAAUGGCUCAGAUCAGUGGAUCUGGCAGAAUAUGCACCCAACCUUCGAGGCAGCGGAGUUCAUGGGGGCCUGAUUAUUCUGGAACCCCGCUUCAACGGCGACACGCUGGCCAUGCUCCUGAAUAUCCCACCCCAAAAGACCCUCCUGCGCCGCCACCUCACCACCAAUUUUAACGUGUUAAUUGGGCCAGAGGCACAACAAGAAAAAAGAGAAACCAUGGAGUCAGCAGCAUACACACCUCUGACCACCACUGCCAAAGUUCGGCCAAAGAAACUUGGAUUUUCGCACUUUGGAAACUUAAGGAAAAAGAAGUUUGACGAAUCAACAGACUACAUUUGUCCUAUGGAUACAAGCCCAGCUGCUACGAAUGGUACUUCAAAAAACCACGGUGGCUACAAAGGACUAGGUCCUUUCACUGACAGGGAACUGGAUCAGAUGGAGCACUCAGAAGGCACAGUAAUGCAAAUAGGGGCUCUUUCCCAAGGCAUAACCCACCUCACGACGCUGCUGAGCCAAGAUGAAAUGCUGAAUGACAGCAGGUUUUUAACACCGACCUUUGAGGACUGGAGAUGAUGCUUCAGCCAUGACCAAGAUCACUACUCGGUACCUCAGGCCUGCAGGAGUGGCCAGGAGCAGCUGGAUGCUGCAGAGCAGGAAAGCUUUUACCUCUUUUCUGCCACCUCCCAUGUAGCUUUUCCUACUGUCAGUGUAUUCACAUCUUACAGGUAAAUCUCCUCUGUGCUGUUUUCCCACAUCAUGUCAUAGGAAACAGGUGUUGGGAGAGGAGUGGGACUCAUCCAGAGUCUGGAAAGCAAAGACUGGCAAUGCUUUGUCUUUUUAUUCAGUUGACUUUUACAUGCUGUGUUGAUGUACUGUUACGUGAAAGACCUUUUGUAAUUUUUUAUUUUUAUAAUUAACUCGUAGUGCAGGAAUCAUCAAUACAUAAUUGUUCCAUAGGGGCUAAUCAGAGCUCCCUGGAAUUCAGCUGGAGGCUGGUGAGAGCAGCAGUAAUGGCUCACUCAGCACUCCUGUGCUCUUGCCAGACCGGUCCCCAGAAAGGAUUUCAAUCUCUCCUCCCUUUCACUGGCACCUGUCCUGCCCUCUUUUUAUCCAAGUCAGUGUGCUGUAGGAUGGGAAGAAUGGAACCAUAGGACUGUCCAUCAAGCCCUUGCUUUUAUUAGGAUGACAAGCUGCCAUGUUCACAAAUCUUUACCUAAGGCAAAAACAACUGCAGCAGGAAAUUGGAACUCUGAGACUACCAGGAAAGUACCAGAAAAAAACCACAGAUUUAUUUCUUUAAAACACCUGACAAAAUAAAUCUGUUGCUGCUGUACUGGGCUAAACAGAACUCCAUCAGAGGGAAAUACAGCCUCUCACUUUUUGAGGGGCUGAGGGUGAAGUUGUCACCUUUACAGCACUUGUGGCAUUUGUUUACAUGUACAUCUCCUGUAUUAAUGAGCUGUUAAAAAGCUCUCUUAGUAAACAGAUACAUGCCAGGAAAAAAAAAAAUCUCCUUAAUUGUAAGGAAAAGUACCUUGUACAGGGCUGGUGUGCAUUACUCUAUCCUUGCUGGCUGCAGGUGUUGCUUUAGAUUCCAAUAUAGCCUGAGGGCAGGUCAGUGCCAGCCACAACCCUCCCAAAGAAGCUGGGGGGGAGCUCCAGAGCUGGCCACAGGAUGCAGCAAGGGCUCUUUGAGAACUACCUGGGGUUCUUUUUACAGAUAAUCCACCCUGGUCCUCGCUUCACCAAUCUGUCAUGACAGACCUUGCACUGUAUGGUCAGGUGGAAGAAGAUAAACACAUUAUUUGACUGUGGUAAAAUUAAGGCAAAUUAUUUUAAAUCCCUGCAAACUGGGAAAAAAAAAAAAAAAAAAGGCAAAUUCAGAAGAAUGAGAAAUAAGUCUACACAUCAGCAAAGUACUAAUGUUUAAUGUUUAAUAAAAGGUAUUAAAUGUACCAAGUCUGGCAAUGCAGUCAGUGCCAGUGACCAGCUCAGGUACCAUGGGCAUUUGAAAUACUUUGUCAGGUCAAUUAGCCAACAGACUUAUUACAGCACUGCAAAUGGGAUUGGCUGCUCCAGCUGCCCUGGGAUAUUCCAAACACAAUAUUUCCUGUUUUCUUUCAAUGCUGUAUUUACAACUCAGUGUGUUGCUUUGCUGACUUGACUGUGAAUAGUCAAUCCACAAAACAAUUGAUUCUUCUUUUAAAUAUACGUAGUAAGAAAUCCUAGUUAGCAUAACACUGGUAUAAAUGCUUAUUUCCUGACUGUUAUGAAUAAAUUCUGAAUGUUCCGCUC